GCCGCGUCAACCGAACACGAAAUCAUGGCAAGAUAGAUUCACUAUCACAAGUACGAGUUCACCCGUCUAUACAUCCGCCCCCACCCGCUCUUCUUCUUCUGAGGGAUGUUAGUAAAUAUGGAGAUGUUGUAGAGCUUACGCUUCCUCCUUACAUUGCUGAAAAAGUGAAUGAAGAAAGACAGGAAGAACUUAGGAAGCAGAUUGAGGUGUUUUUGUUAAGUGAUGAUGAAGAGGAGCAGGGAAAGAUAGAAAAAGAAGUGCACAUACAGAGAUGA